AUGUCGCUCACCCACCGGCCGCUUGCCCCUGCCCCGCCAAAGCCGCCGCCCGCGCAACUGCCCCGGGUCACCUUCUUCGACCUGCCUGCUGAACUGCGCAUCGAAGUCUACAAACUCGCCCUGGAAGGCGUCGUGAUACACAUUCUCCCCACCAGCAAAGCCGAGGACGCCCAACGCUGCAUCCCGCAUGCCCUCACGCGGACCAGCCGCCAAGUCCGAAAUGAGGUCCUGCCUAUGAUCCACUCCAUGUGUCCCAUCCGCUGCUCCAUCACCGACUUCAACUUCGACGGACUACUGCUGUGGGUUGCACGCAUACCGCCCGACCAGGAAAGCAAGCUCUGUAAGAAUGAGAAUUUACGCAUUCAAUUCGCCACUUCGGGUCAGCAGCCGCCGCGGAGUCUGGAUAGCCUUCGGAAAUGGCUACACAUGCGGGCAGACAAACACCGACCACAGCCCAAGUGGCAGUAUUGCGGUCCCCAGCCACAUUCGAAGAUCUGUGCAGAUUUGAGACGCAGAGCGAAGCGGAUGACGGAGUCGGGCAAGCAGGAAGAAAUGCUGAAGAUUUUGAAAGCACUGAAUAUUGACGAGGUGCGAGGACGAGGGCCUUGA